GCGGCCCGAGUGGGGCCAGCGCUGGUGCCCGUCGCUUUCUCUCUGCCGCAUGCAGCUGCGCGCUCUACUCCCGCUACCUCUCUCCAGCUCGCCGUUCUUCUUCCCGCGCUCCCGGACGGAGCGGCCUGGGAGCGGGCGGGCGAUGGCGAUGCCGGGGCUGGGGCUGCGGGCGGUGCUGAGCGCGGCGCUGCUGGCGAGGCUGGGCUUGGUGCUGUACGGCCUGCACCAGGACCGUGCCAUGCGCCUGCGGUACACCGACGUCGACUACCGGGUGUUCACCGACGCAGCGAGGCUGGUGACUGAGGGGCGGUCACCCUACCGACGGGCCACCUACCGCUACACCCCACUCCUGGCCUGGCUCCUGACACCCAACGUCUACCUCGCUGAGGCCUUCGGGAAGCUGAUCUUCGUGGUGGGGGACUUGGUGGCUGGCGCCAUCGCGUACUGGGACCUGCGGCGCCGAGGAGUGGCCGCCGGCCCGGCCUGCGGGUGCUGCGCGGCUGCCUGGCUCCUCAACCCGCUGCCCAUGGCCGUCUCCAGCCGGGGCAACGCCGAGGCCUUGGUUGCGCUGCUGGUGCUUGCCACCCUGUACUUGGUGGAGGGAGGAAGUGUGGGGAAGGCCGCCGUGUGCUAUGGCCUGGCGGUGCACAUGAAGAUAUAUCCGCUGACCUAUGCACUGCCCAUAGCGUUCCACCUGCAGAGCAGGCAGUGCGGCGGGGACAGGGCGGUGGGUACAAGCUGUGACAGGAAAGCGAAGCCUGCAUUGCUAGUGUACCUCGGGCAGCUUUUCCUAAAGAUGCUGAACCGCAACGUGCUGCUCUUUGGAGCAGUUACUGGAUCAGUGCUGGCUGCCUUGACUGUUGGGUUUUACCACCUCUAUGGCUGGGAGUUUUUGGAGCAUGCCUACCUCUACCACCUGACCAGGAGGGAUAUCCGUCAUAACUUCUCCCCCUAUUUCUACAUGUUGUACUUAACUGCAGAGAGCAAAUGGAGUUUUGCCCUCGGGCUUGCAGCUUUCUUGCCCCAGCUGCUUUUGCUCCUGUUUGUGUCCAUAGCAUUUUACAGAGACCUUGCCUUCUGUUGCUUCCUACACACCACUGUUUUUGUGAGUUUUAACAAAGUAUGCACAUCCCAGUACUUUGUUUGGUAUCUCUGCCUUUUGCCCCUUAUAAUGCCUAGUGUAAAGAUGUCCAAACAUCGUGCUGUGCUGCUUCUCUUUCUGUGGUUUGUUGGACAAGGCCUCUGGCUUGCUCCUGCAUACUUUCUGGAAUUCAAAGGGCAUAACACGUUUUUACUUAUAUGGUUGGCUGGCUUGCUUUUCCUUUUUAUUAAUAGCCUCAUAAUUGUUCAGAUUAUUUCACAUUAUCAAAAAGAAACACAAGUUGCAAAAAAAAUCAAACAAUGGUAACAGGCAAAAACCCAGAAACAGCCCCACUGUCCUUGAUAAAGAUUUUCAUACCUCCAGCUUUCUCUUUACUGUAAAUGCGUGGGUAUUGUACUAACAGAUGUUAUAGGUGAAUGAUACUGUUUCAGGGGCAUGAGGGUACCAGUUGCCCUGAACCGCCCCUUCCUGCCCUGAGCAAUAUCUGCGGGUGUACCUACCUCCCAUGUGGUCCUUGAAACUGUAUUUUAACCUUCUCUCCAGCACUGUCAUCAGCCCUGUUUCCUCCUGCUCUGGGCUGGACUGCGUGGAAGGGCCCUGGAGCAGUUUGUCACUCACUGUGUCUCAGACUGUGGGUAGACUGUCACCAGCACCCAUCUGUACCCUUGUCAGUGAGGGAUGGCCUGUGCUGGGUUUGGUUCUUGCUUGUACCCCAUUAAGGAGUUGACCCUGACACCCUUUUUCUCAUUGCUACCUACAAAGGUCUGUGGCCUCUGUGUAAGAAACAGGAGAUAAUAAAGGGAUGUUUGGAGUUUGACAGUCUUGUACAUUCUAGUAACUGUGUGGGGUGCUGUGCAAGGGUUAAGCUAGUGAAUGAAUAUAAGGCAAUCACUUAGUUUGUAUGCCAGGGUUUAUUUUUUCUUUUCACAAGAACAUUUUAGCUAUACAGUAUUGUGGCCUAUACUUGGUCUUUCUUCAGUGAAGCAGGAAAAGAGUGGUUCUUGGGUUUUGAGGCUUGUCUUACAGAUGUGGCACUAAUUUCCUUCCCCUGGCUUUCCCCAGGAUUAAAAAAAAAAGGCUUUCAGCACCAGCUUGUCUACAUCUUCCACAAGAGGUGUAUCGGCCAAGAGGCUGCUGGCAUACACAGUUUAACAGAAGUGUUUUGUAUGUGCUAUGAGCAUAUGAAGAGAAAGUGUCCUAUGUGUUUUUUUUUUUUUUUCUGAGGAGUUCGAUGUGGCCAAUUAAUGUUUCAUGAGAAAACCAAAGAGGCUCCUCUGUGCUGAGACCUCUGUUCACCCCAUCCAGUGUGAAGGCAAUAGCUCAUUUUCUGUUGCAACUGGUCUUCCAUUACCCAUUUUUUUCUGUUGCAAAUAGCCUGUUUUCUUUCCCCAGAGCAACAUUUUGUAUCUCUUUAACAGACUUGUUUCCAAUCCAUUCCACUCCCCUGUUUUUUUCUCUCCUCUUAUUAAAGAAAGUGAAUGAAAGCCAAUAGGCUUUCCCAACUCCAAAAACCAUUCAAAACCAACAACAAAAAAAGGCAUUCUGAGUUACAGCGUCAUGACAGAAUUGUAUUGGUUUUUAGGUAAGAAGUAAUUUCUUUAUGACAAAUACAUUCUGGAUUCACUAAUAGCUAAACCAUUUUGGGCCUUCAGAAGGCAAGUUCUGCAGUUGCAGGGACUGAAGAGUACCUUCCCCUUGAAGAUCAAUACCAGCCCUUCAGCAAUUAUGUGAGAAAGUCAUGCGUAAAUAAGUUAUAAAAAAGGCUUUUACACAAACUUAGAUUUACAGUUAUCAGUUUAAUAGUCCGAUCUGAGUCCCUCUUUUACGGUGGUUGUUUUGUAAGUAAGCUAGUCACCCAAAUGUGUUUUGGGUUUUGAAAUAAUUCGGUGACUCAUAAAAGCAUGGAAGAAAUGAACUGAAAGAGAUAAACAAGAGAGAUAUUUGAGAGUUUAGAUCUUGCAAAUCCCUUUAGGUAGUUGAAUAACUAUUCACUGAUAAAAAGCAUUACAUCAAAAUAAUUGCAGACAAAUGCAGAACAAGUUAUAGUUCAUGAAAAAGUCGUGGUGAUUAAUGCCCUUAACAUUUCCCAAAUUAUUUUCCUAUGGGAAUUUAUUGCCUCUAAUGGUGUUCAAAUUCUUUUACUUAAUAAUUUGAUAUCCAUUUAUCUUCCAAUAAUUCAGAACUGAAGUAUCUGAACGUUAGCUUUCAUUCCGUACCACGUGCUGCAGAAUUGUAAUGCUGCCUGCUUUUUAAAAGAGUGUUGAAGUGUCCAAUGAAAUACGUCUCAUCUGCACAACUUUUUGGCCUUGCACUGAAACCAGUCUUGAAGUGCAAAGUGCAAGAUGCAAAAGAUAAAGUGAAAAGAAGAAAAGAAAUAUCAAGUCAAAGAACAUUUUGCCUUACUUUUUACACUGAAGCUUAUAGCCCAAAGGCUCAUGGCUGGAUUCACAGAGCUUCAGCAUAUAACAAUGGUUUGCUGUUUACAAACCGAAUUACUCAAAUAACAGGGUAAACAAAAAUAUAAUAAUAAAUGUUUCAUUAAGUUUUAGUAUGAGCAAGCUAAAUUACCAUCUGUGACACAAUAAACAUGUAAUUGGUCCUUGUACCUGCGCUGUCUGUGUUACUUGCAUAGUAUUGACUCUGGCAAUAGCAAAGGCAACAAUUAAGUGCUGUGAGCUGAGCUAUCGGUUUUCACUUUCAAAGAAACCUUGAAGCUUUUAUAUUUAACAGCAAA